AUGAACAACGGCCGAGAUCCCCCGCUCUCUGCCCGCACCAGAUCCGCGGCAUCCAGUGGGAUCAUCAGCGACGCGAUGGCCGCGGAGAUUGAAGAGCAGUUUCGACUGGCCGUUGGUCACCCAAACAGACAGAAUGAUGAAGCUGUGAGGGCCAACUGGCGAGUUCUCUACCAGGACUGGCUGAACGGAAAGAUGAACAAUCUUUGCCGCAAUCGUCACCAGUGGUCCCGCGCCAACACCAGCUCCAGCACGAGCACCGCGACUGCCCUCUCGGCUCGUCGUUUCAACGGCUCCAUCCUCGAUGUGGACGGUCUCUCGAACGUUGACUUGAGCACCGCAGCCUCGGACAUGCGUAGACGCAUCAUUGGCAUCAUCAACAAAGACCCCGAGCACUUUCGAGCCGAGAUCGAGCGACGACGACAAGCACAGCAGCAGCAGCAGCAGGACAAGGAUAAGGGAAAGGGACCCGAGCAGCAGCAGCCGCAACAGCGGGCUCUGGCACAGCUGCGAAGAGCAGGCGCAGGAGGACCAGGCAUCGCUGGAUCCGACUUUAACUCGGCCGCGCAGAUUGAUAAGCGAAUGGGUCAACUGCUUGCCCAACAGGAGGCUUCGCUCCUGGAGGCCCUGCGCAUUGAGUGCGAGAUGAAGGCGCUGUGGUGGCUGAAGCAGCGCGCAACUCAAGAAUCAAAAUGA